AUGGUCUGCUUCGCACCCCGGUUCCUGAGCAGAGGCCGGCACUCGGGAGCAAUCGACGAGGAAGGGCCACCACGGGUACCCAGUCGGAAGCAGGUGCUUUCAGCGGUCUACUUUGAACACCAGGAGCCAGACUCGUACCUCUGCGUACUGCACUGUUUGAACAACGUGUUGCAGGGGCCGUACUUUUCGCUGGACGACUUGAUCAGCAUCAGUAACGAGCUUGAUGAAGCGGAGCGGGCUUUACUGCAGGGGCACGAGCUCUUGCAGGCGUACACACCCGCCUCUUUGAACGCGAGUCUCACUGGCUUCUUCAGUGCACAAGUGCUGCUUGCUGCGCUGGCAUCGGUCGGUAUCCACCCGGAGCCGCUGCGCUGGAAGGCUUCCGAAACUCGAUCGCUGCAGAGAGCGGCUCAGAAAGCAGUCCAGUACGGAGCGGUGCUCGUCCAUUAUGACUCGCACUGGCUGGCUUGGCGACGUGUCGUUUGCGGGUUGAAACUGUACUGGGUGUUGCUGGACUCGUAUCGAGCUGGGCCAGAGAUUCGGCGUACGGAACAAGCAAUGGCUCAGAUCGAGCUUUACUUGAGGGCGAAAGCUGUGGUCUACGGUAUCCCGAAGGAGGCCCUGCCGGAGACCCCACUUGACCAAUUUUGUGGGCGGCAUACGAUGUAG